CAUUUUCGCUUAUGUAAGUAUCAUACAAUUGAAUGCAGAAUGCAGACUCCACACGGCACAUGGCGCAAAUGCCCGACGGGUGGUACCUUACUUUACUAGUCCGCGGCUUACUACGUAUUAUUAGCCUGUUCUCCUUUGUACAACAUACAACGUACAAUGUCCUCCAAGAAAGAACAGAACCAACAGGGGUCACUCUACUGCGGCUUCGGACGCAUAUGAAUCCUACACGAUCGCCCAAUUUACCCCCCGUGCGGCUGCUGCUAUCGUUGCAUCAAUGGCUGAUGCUAGCGGCUACCGAGACCGCGGACUGGGAGACCACCGACGUCAUUCGAAUCAUAAGCGAACGCGUGGGGAGGAUGAGCACGAGUUAGAUGACGUGAAACGUGUCAAGCGGAGAUACGACGAUUAUGAGAAGGGGAGUGGAAGUAGAUACGAACACCAAUAUGACGACCAUCGACAUUCUAGACGGCGUGAUUCCGUAUCACGACCGAAUACCUCAUCAUUGAGAGAAGGGAGAGGGGAACACCGUACGAAUUCUACCCCUUUCGAGCGCUCGCCUUCGAUGUCCUCGGCGCGACGCCGCCAUCAUACACCUGAUCAUCACCGUCAUCAUAGGCGUCGCCACUCUUCGACUCCUCCCACCCAUAUCCAAAUCGAGCUCCCAUUAGGCGCGAGGCCUCUGGUCCGUUCCGAUCUUAAGACCUUCAAGCCUCUAUUUGCGCAAUACCUCGAAGUGCAAAAAGGCAAGGACAUUGCGGCGCUGGACGAGAGGGAGGUAAAAGGCCGCUGGAAGAGCUUUGUUGGCAAGUGGAACCGUGGGGAGCUGGCUGAGGGCUGGUAUAGUCCUGAGACGCUUUCCGAAGCGAGGAAGGCUGGUGCUGGCGCUAGUACACAGCUUGUGGGGGAAGGUAGUAUAGUCUCGGUGACGUCGCCGUCGUCGCGACCGAGCGGACAGAAUCGUGAGAGACUUGGUGGGGGCAAUGACUUGACGCUUUCCGGAGGGGAGGAAAGCGAAAAUGAAGACGACGACGAGUAUGGGCCAACUUUACCUGGGUCAGCUCCUGCGCAAAGCUACCCCCGCCAUCAUUCCGAUGCCACCCGCUCUACGCGACAUGGCCCAGGCAUACCCAAUCGGCAGGACUUGGACCUGCAGCGCGAGAAGGCAGAAGAGGAGCGCACCCAGCAUAUCUCGGACCUCCGUCUGGCGCGAAAAGCCGAUCGCGUCGAGCAGCGCGCGCGCCUCGAAGAACUAGUUCCGCGGGCAGAACCCGGGACGCGGGAGCGGCAGCUGGAGAAGAAACGCGAGGUCAACGAGAAGAUGCGCGGGUUCCGAGACAAGUCGCCGGGCGGGGGUGCAGCAGAGGUCAACGAAGCAGAGCUCAUGGGCGGCGGGGAUUCGGUCGCCGAGUACAAGCGCUUGAAGGCGGCGGCCGAGAGGCGGAAGACGGAGCGAGAGGUGCGGAGAGAGGAAGAGGCUAGGAUUAAGGCUGCGGAGAGGGAGGAUAGGGUUAGGGAGUAUAGGCGCAAGGAGGAUGUUACGAUGGAGGUGUUGAAGAGGAUUGCGAGGGAGAGGUUUGGGUCGGGGUGAGGCGUGAGGCGUGAUAUUUGGCUGGGGACUAGGGACUAGGGGAUCGGUUUAUGAUGAUAUUAAUUCAUAACAUGUUAACCUGCAUUACACUUGGGGUAGGUUGGACUUUAAAUUCCGCAGGGUGAAAUUGUGAAUAGUAGUUAAUCAGGUGGCUACUUGUCUCCCCAGGUGCUUUUACGUAUUAACAUUUUACCUUAUAGUAUAGGAUGUGAAGGGUCAUCACCUAUUGAUAGUGAACUGUUAUUACCUGGGCUAGU